AGUGACAUCGAGGGUUAAUACGUCAUUUCAAUGACUUAGGGUUUUUUCACUUCUUCUUCAAAGUCCGGCGAGCAAUGCCAAUUACUCCGUAACGAAUACUCUUUCUCACGCAGACAGGUUCGAUAUUGAGAAAUUUCAUAAAAUAAAAUGGGAGUGUUUACAUUCGUCUGCAGAUCCUCCGGCAGCGAGUGGACUGCGAAGCAGCUUAAAGGCGACCUCGAAGCUUCCGCCGGAUCUACAUACGAGCUACAGCGCAAGCUUGUUCGGACUGCUCUAGCAGAAGACAGCUCCGGCGGCGUCCAGUCAUCUUUCUCCUACGUCUGCCCUAACUCCGCCGUUUUCCAGGUGAUUAUUGGCGGAGCUGUUGUUGCAGCAGGUUUUGGAGGUGGAGCAUCUGCAGCCCCUGCUAGUGGUGCAGCCCCGGCUGAAGCAGCUCCUGCAGAAGCAAAGGUAGAAGAGAAAGAAGAGAGUGAUGAAGACAUGGGGUUCACACUCUUCGAUUAGGCAAUUGCGAUUGUUCUAAUGGGUUAUUUGAAUGCUAUACGUUUUUGGAGAAGCGCUGUUUUGGCAUGAAUUUAGUUCACUAGAUUUGAGACACAUGUGCUAUGGAUUAUUAUUAUGAUUUGAAGUGUUUUCUUGGGAUUUGUUUUUAUUAUUCCGUUUAUCUUUGGGGGUUUUGAAUGGGUUAUUUGAUGCUUUGUUUUGGUUGUCAUUGCAUUGGUGUGGUGUAAAGCAACGCAUUCAGGCUCUUUUGUUAAAAUCUUCAUUUUCC